AUGGCAACUGAUAAUAAGUAUGACCGACAACUAAGGCUAUGGGGUUCACACGGCCAAAAAGCUCUCAAUACAAGCAAGAUUUGUCUGCUUAAAUCCUCAUCUCUAGGUACUGAGAUUUUAAAAAAUCUUGUGCUGCCUGGCAUUGGUCAUUUUACUAUCAUUGACAAUCAGAUUGUAUCAGAAAGAGACUUCGGAAAUAAUUUCUUCCUUACCAGAGCUGAUCUUGGAAGACCUCGGGCUGAAGCUACCAAAGAGUGGCUACUAGAAUUAAACCCUGACGUGAACGGUGAGAGCUUGCAAGCUGACCCAUCAGAACUUAUCAGAACAAAUCCUGAGUAUUUCAGCCAAUUUACCUUGAUUAUUUCAACACAGCUCAGGUUUGCUGAUGAUUUAGCACUUAGCCGUAUCUGCGAGCAGAAAAAUAUUACUUUUCUAAUAGCGAAGUCACUUGGAUUUAUAAACUACCUUAGAGUUUACAAAAAAGAGCACCUUGUGGUGGAAGGAAAACCGACAGAAAAAGAUUUUUUUGAUUUAAGAAUUCAUAAGCCUUUCCAAGAGCUAAAAAUUUAUGCAGAUUUGAUAAAUGUCGAUGAAUUAAAUGAUAUGAAGCACAAGCAUACUCCAUAUAUCAUUUUAUUAAUGAAAUAUCUAGAAGAAUGGAAAAAUCUUCAUGGAGAUGUUCCAAAGACUUUUGAAGAGAAAGACGAUUUCAAAAAGCUGAUUAAAAGCCACAGUAGGGAUUUUUAUGGUGAAGAGAAUUUCCGAGAAGCUGUCAAUAAUGCUUAUUUGGCCUAUUUAGAUGAAGAUUUACCUUUCUCUGUGACUGAGAUUUUAAAUGACCCAAAAUCACUAGAUGCCAAUUCUGAUAGCGAUAAUUUUUGGAAAUGCUCAAAAGCAGUAAAGCAAUUUAUUGAUGAAAGCGGAUCACCUCCUGUGAUGGGGAUUUUUCCUGAUAUGACAAGUGAUACUGAUUCGUAUAUUGCCCUCCAAAGAAUCUAUCAAAAUAAAGCAUCAACUGAUUUAGAAGUUAUAAAAUCAAAGGUAUCAGCAAUUAAAGGCUCUGAUUUAGAUCAAGCUGAUGUCGAUUUUAUCACUUUAUUUUGCAAGAAUUUGCAGAUGAUUGAAGUAUCACGAUUUAAGUCAAUUGAAACUGAGUUCAAAGAGUUAAACGUAGGAGAAAUAAUGAGCGCUAUGUAUGAGGAUCUUCCUGUAGUUGAUUGGUACUGGGGAAUAAGAGCUUGUGAUAAAUUUAUAGAGGAGAAUGGAAGAUAUCCCGGAUCAGAAGAAUCAAAAGACAGUGAGGAUAAAGCUCAAUUAUUAAGAAUUGCUAAUCAACUGAUAGCUGAAAGCGGAGUAGAAGGGGUUGAAUUUAAACCUGAAAUUGCAGGAGAAAUUGUGAGAUUCGGAGAUUGUGAGCUUCACUCAAUAGCUGCUAUUUUGGGAGGAAUUGCGUCUCAAGAAGCAAUAAAAUUGAUAACUCAUCAGUAUACGCCAAUAAACAACACUUAUAUUUAUUCAGCAAUCACCUCAAGUUCCCAAGUCAUCGAAGUUUAA